AUGAAUAAAAACAGAAUUAAUUUUGAGAAACCAUAUCCGGGCCGAGAUGCAUCCUCGUUGUCACCAAUAUUUCCAUUCACCUCGCAGUUUAACAACGGUCUUGAUGUGAAUCCGGGUACUCGAGUAACUGUUGAUGGUAACCUCAAUGUACCAAUUAUGGGUUGGGGUAUAUGGGACUAUAAAGGUGGUGUCAAGGUUGGGAGACCAAAUACACGUGUUGGUUUUGGCACAUUAGUGAGACCAACGAAUGUACUCGGCAUAAGUCCAGAAACUAUAGCGAUACUUGGUUCGAAUGGAUUAUUCAACGAAGCUAGACGCAAACUACCAUCUAUCCCAGUUUCUGUAUUGCCCGGAAACUUUGUACCACUGAGAUGUAAACCACCAUUUUGCAAUCCGUUUCUGCAUAAUCUCGCGUUUGGCAUUGACGUGGAACCCGGUGACGACAUUCUAUUUGAUGGCGAGUUAACUUUAUUUCUGUAUUCAUCAUCGUCUUCGUCACCAAAAUUCCAUCACGGUCAAGUUCAUUCCCAGCGUCCGUUGUCAUUCUUGCCGUUGUUGUCUUGA